AGAAACCAAAUCUCCCUUAGCUCAGAGCUUGGGGUCUGAAGAGCAUUGUAUAAAUUUAGUCACAGCUACAAGAGACCAUCAGUGAUGUCAGGAUUCUCACCCGCAACUGAACUGGUCGCUUCACCAACGCUACCGCCCUCCCUUCCCACUCUUCCUAUCUGUCUUCCGGGCCUUGGUGUCUCAGAAAUGUGAGUCCUUUUUCUCUUUUUCUUUUCUUUUUCCUUCUCUUCCCCGCGAUUUGACGAGCCAGAAGGGCGUUGCCUUCCCUUUGUCUUGUUGCCCUCCUGAGAAUAUGGCUUUGUGAGUUCCCUUUUCCUUUCACCUCCUUUCCUAUCUCCAUCAUUGGGGCCCUUUUCAAUCCUAGAGACUGCUCUGAGAAGUUGGAGUUCUGUUAACCGUCCCAAAGCUUUCUUUUCUAAAGCUCAAACUUGUUUUGGAGGCAAUGGAGGUGACUUGUGACCUAGAAGUGGAUGUUAAUGGGGAGGAGAUCUUCUUGGUGAAUAAGGAAAUCCUGUCAUCAUUCUCUGGUAGGCUAAGGAAGUUAUUUAACAAACCAUCGGCCACAGCAGCGGCAAAGACAUUGAAGGUCAUAUUUCAUGACUUGCCAGGAGGCACCGAGGCUUUUGAGCUCAUAACCAGGUUCUGCUACAACAAUGGCAGAACUCAGAUAACUCCCACCAAUACCUGCCUUCUCCACUGCAUAGCCCACUUUAUGGAGAUGACCGAAGAUGUCUCUUCCUCACCAAACUUGAUCGAGCUCACUGAAAAAUCUCUCGAGGGGAUUCCUUACUGGACAUGGUCUGAGAUCGUGAAUGCCUUGAAACAGUGCCAAGAUUUCUUUCCUACAGCAAAUUCCUCGGGGAUUUAUGAUAAAAUCUUAGAGACUCUGGUUGGAAGAAUCACAACAAAUAGUGAUACCAGCCCUACAGGUUCCUCUUCAGAGAGCUCCACUUUGCGGUUUUCAUGUGAUACAGGGAGUACUGUUAGCACAAAAAACAGCAACCACCGAGCUUGGUGGUUUGAAGAUCUUGUGAUAUUAAACUCCAACUCUAUAGAGAAAAUAAUCAAGAGAAUGGUUUCUCAGAAAGUAGACCAUGUUACAGUCAGUAGAUUCCUCUUUUAUUACAUCAAAUGUAAACUUUCGAAUGCCACCUCUGAUGAGAAGAAGAAAGCUACUGAAAUUGUUGUUGAUCUGCUCCACUCCCUCGAUAGAAGCUCAAUGUCCUGCAAGGGCUUGUUUGGGAUUCUUCGUAUCUCUUCAUCUCUGAAUCUGAGCAAGUGUUGCAGAAGCAGAUUGGAGAGUAUGAUAGGAAGUCAGAUUGAUCAAGCAACACUGGAUAAUUUACUUGUGCCAGCCCCCACUGGAAUGGACAGUCUUUAUGAUGUAAAUCUAGUCUUAAGGUUUCUGAAAUCGUUUCUGAGUGCUGGUGGCCCAGCAUCUUUAACUAGAUUGAAGCAGGUGGGAAGCUUAAUGGACUUAUACUUGGCAGAAGUUGCUCCAGAUUCAUGUUUGAAGCCCUCAAAGUUCAUUGAACUAACUACAGCUCUACCUGAUGCUGCAAGAGAUUCUCAUGAUGCAAUUUACAAUGCCAUCAGCAUAUAUCUUGAGGUUCAUGUACUAUUAUCUGAGGAAGAGAAGAUGAAGAUAUGUUGUGCCAUAAAUUACGAGAAGCUUACAUUAGAAUCCUGCAAGCACCUUGCACAGAACUCAAAAUUUCCUUCAAGGACAACAAUCCAAGCACUAAUUUCUCAGCAAUUGAAGCUCAAGAGCCUACUCCAAGACACCGACCACUUAAAAUCCUUUAGUUCUUCUCUUAAGGGAAAUGGAUGUACGAAAAAUCAAUGCAACGAUGGUGAGCAGAUCAUUCUAUAUGCAAAGAAGCUUGAUUUGUCAGUGGAGAAUGAGAAGCUCAAAGCCCAUCUGCAAGGGAUGCAGUGGAGAGUGAUGCAAUUGGAGAAAAUUUGCAAAAAGAUGCAAACCCAGAUGUCAAAGAUCAUGAAGACCAGGAGAUCCAGUCCUCGUAGCUCCAGAUCACUUCCCAGACUCUGUUCAUGAUUCAAUUCCAUAUAGUCCAUUUGAUAGUUUUUCAUAUAUAUUUUUGUACAUAGUGCUGUUGCCAAGUGGGUUCUGCAGUAUCUGCUAUAAUGUUUUUGUCCCUUCCUAUGGUGAAUUAAAGCUGAUUUGUGAGCAGUGCCUUUAACA